CCCAAAGUAUUGAAUAGCGAUAAGAAAUGUGAAGAAAUGCAUCAAAUCUAUAGCUACAGAAAGAGUGGUUUUGUGUUUAUUGAUAAAUCUAUUAUAACGGCUCUAAUUGAUGGAAAAAUUCAAGAAUUAUUGAAAGCGCCGCAAAUGAUUGAAACAAAUUACGAGAAUUUCUUUGAUUACUAUACAGACGAACACCAAUUGACUCAUAAAACCAUUCAUUUAAGCGAUUAUAAGGAAUAUAAUUGCGAUACAAGUGAACAAUUUGGUACAAAAUGCACGGAAUAUUUGGGGAAAAUGUUAGACAGAAUUAAGCAACAUGUCGAUGAGGGAAAUGAGUCAAAGGAAGGACGAGAGAAUGAGGAUUAUUAUGAAAUGGUUGAAAAUAUAGGAAAGGGAUCAUUUGGAGAGGUGUGGAAAGCGAGGAAUAAGUGGAAUAAACAAGAAUAUGCCAUAAAAAUGAUUAAUUUAAAUUGUAAUUUUACUAUCGAAAAGGAUGAGUCAAAAUCAAAUAUGGUAAUCAAGACAAUCAAGAAAUUGAGUACAGAAGUGGACAACCUACAGAAAGUCAACUCACAAUAUGUGGUGCAAUGUAUGGCCUGGUGGUUCGACAGCACAAACUUUUACAUAAGAAUGGAGUUAUGUUCCGACAGUCUUCAGAAUAUUCUUAGACUUAAACCACAAGUAUUUCACCGAAAACCUGAAGAACCCAUGAAUUCAACCGAGUUUUACAUUUCGUGUCAUAUAUUCAAAGAGAUCUUAGAGUGCGUCCAGUAUUUGCAUGAAUUGGAUCCACCGAUAAUUCAUAGGGAUCUCAAACCCGACAAUAUUUUGGUGGCACAAGAAGUCAAGAACAGUCGGUAUUUUAAAUUAUGUGACUUUGGUUUGUCGACAGUACACGACCGGGACUUCUAUACUAUGACUGGUCAACAAAGUGGUGCUCCUAUAUAUCAGGCGCCAGAAGUUACAAGUGGUAGGUUUGACCACAGGGUAGACAUCUAUAGUCUCUCCAAAAUCGGUGAAAAACUAUUUGAUUUUAAUAUCAAUGAUAUUACUCCGCAAACGUAUUCACCAGACAAUGAAGUGUUCAACAAAUGUGUCAUUAAAUUACGGGAAGUAUUGGUUUCCAUGUCUUUGUCCCCCAAUUGGGAGGACAGACCCGAGUGUAAGGAUGUGUUGAAGACAUACCACGAGUGGGCUAUUGAUAGCAAAUAUUUGGCAAAAGAUUUGAAACAUUUAAAUACAAUUGAAUCAAACGAAUACCUUGAGAUUUAA